CGCACCACGGCGCAACAACGAGGGAGGGAGAGGGAGAGAGAGAGAGAGAGAGAGAAGAGAAUGGGAGGUUGGGCGAUCGCUGUUCAUGGUGGUGCCGGAGUUGAUCCGAGGCUUCCUCCCCAUCGUCAGGAGGAGGCCAAGCAAAUCCUCUCUCAUUGCCUCCGUCUCGGCAUCUCCGCCCUCCGAUCCUCCCUUCCGGCCGUCGACGUUGUUGAGCUUGUCGUGAGAGAACUGGAGUCGAAUCCAUUCUUCAAUGCGGGGAGAGGGUCGGCCUUGACGACCAAAGGGACGGUGGAGAUGGAGGCGAGCAUCAUGGACGGGGAGAAGAGGCGGUGCGGCGCCGUCUCCGGCGUCUCCACCGUGAAGAGCGCCAUCUCCCUCGCACGCCUUGUCAUGGACAAGUCCCCUCACUCCUACCUCGCCUUUGAUGGUGCCGAGGAGUUCGCUCGGCAGCAGGGGUUGGAAGUGGUGGACAACGAGUUCUUCAUCACAGAGGAUAAUCGAAAGAUGUUGAAGUUGGCCAAGGAGGCCAAUAGCAUUGUGUUUGAUUACCGGAUACCUCUCAUAGGACGCGAUUCCUGCGGCUUCGAGGAAGGAACCGGAGGGAUGUCAGCCAUUGAGCACGCUUUGCAGAUGAACGGGCUGCCGAUCUCCGUCUACGCGCCGGAAACCGUCGGGUGCGUGGCGGUGGACGUGCUGGGGAGGUGCGCGGCGGCGACGUCGACUGGCGGGCUCAUGAACAAGAUGAACGGCCGCAUCGGGGACUCGCCUCUCAUUGGUGCCGGCACCUACGCGUCCGACUUGUGCGCGGUGUCGGCCACGGGCGAGGGCGAGGCGAUCAUCCGGGCGACGCUCGCGCGGGACGUGUCGGCCCUCAUGGAGUACAAAGGGAUGGGGGUCAAGGAAGCGGUGGACUGGGCCAUCAGGGAGAGGCUGGAGGAGGGGAAGGGCGGCCUCAUUGCGGUUUCUAGCAAUGGCGACGUCACCUUUGGGUUCAACUGUGUGGGGAUGUUCAGGGGGUGCGCUAACGAAGAUGGGAUCUUCGAGGUCGGCGUUUGGUAGUUUCCAAAGCUCGAAUCGCAGAGUCCCGACUGCUCUGGAAGUACCAGCCGCGUCUGCUCUUCCUUUCAUAAGUUGCUUAGGUUGUGAUGCCAAGUGCUUCACUAAUUAAUCCUCUAGCUAUGGAUGUGUGUACAUAGUCGCUUCUCUAUGGAUUUGGUGUACCCAGUUAUGCAUGCGUCCGUGCUUCCAUGCUCGAGCAUGUUAAAUGAAGAUUUAUCUACCAUUGCUUAAUGAUCA